AUGGUUGGAACCCCUGAAGCAUUCUACGGGACCAUCAUCCAUUCCCUGACCUCUUCAGAGCUCGAAGUUCUCAAGGAAACACUCCUCAUCGUCUCCCCAUCGGGUACCAUUGAAUCCAUCUACCCCUCCAUCAAACCCCCAACCAUCCCUUCCCUCCUCACAAAGCACAACUACACUCCAUCCACCUGCACAGUCACCAUCCUCGGUGCCAGAGAAUUCCUCUGUCCAGGCUUCAUAGACACACACACCCACGCCCCGCAAUGGGCCCAACGCGGUACAGGCCGCGGGAUUGCCCUGCUUGACUGGCUUAACAAGAUCACCUUCCCACAUGAAGCCAAAUUCUCUGACCCAGAGUAUGCGCGCCGUGUUUACACGCUCUGCGUCUCCGCAGCUCUAAAGCAAGGCGUCACAACGUCCUGCUACUACGGCUCCCGACACGCCAGCGCGAGCGUCAUUCUCGCCGAAACAUGCCUGUCCCUAGGACAGCGAGCCCUGAUUGGGAAAACCUGCAUGAACCGACACGCCCCGGACUACUACCGUGAUUCCUCGGCGGAGGAGUCCGUCCGUGAUACGCGGGACGUCAUUACGCACAUCUGCGCGCUUGAUGCGGCCUGUCCUGGCGGCAAGGGCAUGGUGACGCCUGUGAUUACGCCGCGGUUUGCAAUUAGUUGUGACGAGGAGCUUCUUCAAGAAUUGGGGAAGCUAGCUUCGGAACGUAGUGAUCUGCCUAUCCAGACCCAUUUCAAUGAGUCCAAGGAGGAGGUGGCCUUUACAAAGGAGCUGUUCCCGGCCUCCCGCACGGAGGCUGAGCUCUACGAGGGGUUUGGGUUGCUCAAUGAGCGGAGUAUCCUGGCGCACGCGAUAUAUCUGGAAGACUCGGAGAUGGAGCGGGUGCAGCGCUUGCGGUGUGGGAUUGCGCAUUGUCCGAUUCCGAAUACGACGAUGGAUGCUUAUAUGAUCGCGCCCGUGCGAGAGUAUCUGCGGCGUGGGGUGAAGGUUGGUUUGGGCACAGAUUGUGGAGGUGGAUAUACAGCAAGUAUGCUGGAUGUUAUGAGGGCAGCAUUUAUGGUGUCAACCGCGCGAUUCAGUGAGAGUGAUGGUGCCGAUGAGGCGUUGAGUAUCCCUGAGAGCUUUUAUCUGGCUACUUUGGGCGGGGCGCAGGUGUGCGGCCUGGAGGGGAGGGUUGGGAAUUUUGCUAAAGGGAAGGAGUUUGAUGCGUUGCUUGUGCGGCCGGAUGUGGAUGGGGUUAUGGCUGUUGUUGAGGAGGAAGAUGGUAUUAUGGAGGUGUUCGAGAAGUUUAUUAUGACUGGGGAUGAUCGGAAUAUUGUCAAUGUUUUUGUACGGGGGAGGAAAGUCAAGUCCUCUUGA